AUGACUCGUCAUAUCUUUGACAAGCGACUUCGGAUCUCCGAGCGGAAGCUCCCGUUGACUUACGACUAUCUGCACCCCCAACCGUCACAUCUUCUGAACCUCACACUCCGUGAUCUUCUUCCGCAUCCCCAGACCUCCUCUGAUUAUGCGACCCUGCCAUCAUUACAGAGCCCGUCACCGCUCCCGGUCGGUCACCACUUAAUCUACUUCCCGCCGCAGGUGACCCUGUCCCAACUACUCCCGGACUGCACAGAUACGUUACACACACCGGGGGAACCGUUUAAUCGGCGCCUUUGGGCAGGUGGAAAUCUAAGGUUCCCAGUACGCAGUCCGCCUCUGGAUGGCAGUCGCGCAGUCUGCAUAGAAUCCAUCCGCAAUGUAGCAGUCAAGGGCCGCGAGGGAGACGAGAAAGUCAUUGUCACUAUUGAGCGACGGGUUGGAAAUGUCCCGGAACAAGAGACUGCUGAUAAGACUUUUGACCGGAUAUGGAAAGAGAACGAAGACGACGCGGGGGAAUCGUCAGUCAUUGAGAACCGAGACCUCAUUUUCAUGCGCUUAAAAUCCAGCGCCCAAAUUGAGGCCGAUAAAGCACAAUUUGGAAAACCUAGUAGGGUUGUGAAACCUCCCUCAGAUGCGACGUUCCGCCAUGCCCUCAUACCUACUAAAGCGCUGUUAUUCCGAUUCUCAGCCCUGACUUUCAAUGCCCAUUCCAUCCACCUUGAUAAGGGCUAUACCCAGGAUCAAGAGGGAUACCCGAAUCUUUUGGUGCACGGUCCGUUGACGCUCACGCUUCUGCUGAGUGUGCUUCAGCAACAACUGAGUAGAUUGAACCUCCGCAUCAGUGACAUUGAAUAUAAGAACCUAGCACCUCUUUUUGUUGAACAAGAGAUGGCCAUCUGUGGCAAGCCUAAGAAUGAUACUGGGGCUUGGGAUGUGUGGAUUGAAGGUCCAGAUGGAGGGUUGGCUGUUCGAGGUACUGCGCACACGACGUCGGAAUAA